CUAAAGAAGGGUAGCUGUGGUUGGCUCUGCCUUUGCUGUCUUUACCUGAAUAGAGGUCAGGCCCAGGUCCUGGGGAGUGUCCCAUGGUCCCUUCAGCAGCAGCAUCUCUAGGGGAAGUGGCCGGCUGCAGGGGCUGCACGCUGAGGCAUUCCGUGAGCAGGUCUGGAUGGAGCUCUGUGCUGGACCGCAACUAAGAGGAGAAAACAGAAGAGACAUUGAUAAGGAAAGCUGGUCCUUGGAAUAUUUUCCUGGGAAGGCAUCAUGCUCUAUCAGUGCAACUCAACCCACAAAAAUUUAUCAAGUAGCAACUACGGGUCCUCUGAAUGGCCUACACCACGGUGGAGCCAUUGUGACCCCUGUGGCCCACAUGUACAGGCCUCCUGGAGUCACAAAGGCUGGAGCAACAGGAGAACCACUAAAGAAGAAGAAACAGCUAGUUCCUGCCUUCACUGAUUAACCGACCCUGCAACAUUCCACCAUUCGGAUAUGUUCCCGCCCUACCCUAAAGAAUCAAUCGACCUUGUGAUAUUAUGCCUUGCGACCUCCCUCCACCUUGUGACUAUGCACCUUGUGACAUUCUUUCCCUGCCUGAAAAAACUGCCCCUAACUGUAACUUUCCACUACCUAUCCCAAACCUAUAAAGCCAGUUCCACUCCCACCACCCCUCACUGACUCCCUUUACAGACUCAGCCCGCUCGGACCCAAGUGAAGAAACAGCCUUACUGCUCACA